GUGUCCCGAGGCGGCCGUCUGUCGGGCGCCAUGUGUGAGAGGAAGGCCAACGGCCCCGCUCCCGCGGCCUCCGCCACCAACCUGCUGUUCUCCUCGUCCGCCACCGAGUUCCACUUCAACGUGCCCUUCAUCCCCGUCAGCCGGGCCCCCGCCGACGCCCCCGAAAGCCUGCUCCUGCCCGGAGAGGACUCCACGGACGUCGGCGAGGAGGACAGCUUUCUCGGUCAGACUUCCACAAACGCCGCCUCCCCACAGACAUUCAGUUACUUCUCCCAGGCACCAAGCAACAGCGAUCCGUUCGGCAGCAUUGGCCAGUUGCCGCCAACGACUGCAGCGGCGCCGGCGUUCUCCAAGCCUCCGACGUCUCUGCCUCUACCACCGGGAUCCCAGGAUGGGGCCGCCGCUGCGUUGGCGAAUUCCCCACCCGUUUCCAAGUCUCAAUCAGCUUAUGGCACCCCUCCCGCUUCUCAGUUGGGGAUCCAUCCGUAUUCUUCUUCUCAGCAAGGCUGCCUCCCGCCUGCCCACUUCGCGAGCCCUCACGGAGCACCCCAGCAAGGCUUCAACCCGUAUCGCCAUACCCCCUUGAGCAGCAGAGCGAACCCUUAUAUCACUCCCCCCCAGCUGCAGCAGGGCCAGAGUCCUGGCCACCGUCCGACCUCUGAAAUGCCAACUCCGGGGUACCAACCUCCUCCAGGAUCGUUGCCUCCGAUUCCUCCUUCAGCGCAAUCAGUAUUGCCACUGCCGGCUCAACAGCAGUUACUCGCCAGACCUUCAGCUCCUUUAAUACAGGCUCCACCUCUUCUGUUACACAGCCACUAUGAGCCUGUUCAGCCCCACUGGUUUUACUGUAAAGAAGUGGAAAACAAACAGCUGUGGAUGCCGUUCAGUGUACUCGAUUCUUUAAAUCUCGAAGAGGUCUAUAAUUCUGUCCAGCCCGAUCCAGAGAGUGUGGUGUUAAGUACCGACGGAGGACGUUACGACGUUUACCUGUAUGACAGAAUGAGGAAGGCUGUGUAUUGGGAAGAAGAGCACUCUGAAGUGAGGCGUUGCACGUGGUUUUACAAGGGAGACACGGAGAGCAGGUUUAUUCCUUACACAGAGGAGUUCAGCGAAAAGCUCGAGGCUGAGUAUAAAAAAGCCAUCACAACAAAUCAGUGGCACCGCAGACUUGAAUUUCCAAAUGGAGAAACAAUCGUCAUGCAUAAUCCUAAGGUUAUAGUACAGUUCCAGCCCUCCGCAAUGCCAGAUGAGUGGGGAACCACACAGGAUGGACAGACAAGGCCUAGAGUGGUAAAACGUGGAAUUGAUGAUGAUCACAGUGAAAUUCCUGCUGGUGAGAUGGCCCAGGUGGAUCAUCUAGUGUUUAUGGUACAUGGCAUCGGACCCGUGUGUGAUUUAAGGUUUAGAAGCAUUACCGAGUGUGUUGAUGAUUUUAGAUGCGUGUCCUUAAAACUGCUGCAGACACAUUUCAGGACGUCUUUGGACGACCGUAAAGUAAGCAGAGUGGAGUUCCUACCGGUCCAUUGGCACAGUUCUUUACACGGAGAUGCUACUGAUGUUGAUAGAAAUAUAAAAAAAAUCACUUUACCGAGUAUUGGUCGGCUGCGGCACUUUACCAAUGAAACUUUGCUAGACAUAUUGUUUUACAAUAGUCCCACCUACUGUCAGACAAUUGUGGAUAAAGUAGGACUGGAAAUAAACCGCCUGCAUUCACUCUUUCUGAGUCGGAAUCCAGAUUUUAAAGGAGGAGUCUCGGUUGCUGGACAUAGUUUGGGGUCUUUAAUACUGUUCGACAUUCUGUCCAAUCAGAAGGACUUGAAUUCAGCAAAAUCUUCCGUGCCGGCCGCUAAUGGAGUUGUGAAGCAUACGGCUUCCGAAAAGCAGGUGGCGGAUGAUCCAAAGGUCCCAGCUGCCUCGCUUAUGUCGUCAGAAGAGCCCUGUGACUUAAAUAUUGAUAAUGGAGUCUCCUCUUUGCAAGAAACUCUGGACACGCUCAGUCUCUCUGAAUAUAUCAGCACUUUUGAAAAAGAAAAAAUUGACAUGGAAUCCCUGCUUAUGUGUACGGUUGAUGACCUGAAGGAAAUGGGGAUACCUCUCGGACCAAGAAAGAAAAUUGCUAACUUUGUGAAAGACAAAGCCACCGAACUGGAGCGGAGAAAAGCAGCCGCAGAAAAGAAAGCCAGGAUUGUUGCCCUGACAAACGGUCAAGAAGAAUCUGCCGAGGGAGCAAAAAGCACUGCUCCUCUUGCUUCAGAGUCUGAUCAGACAAAGAGAAAACUUCCAGUUGGUGCUUCUGUUUCCUCAGUGCAUGUUGAUUAUGACUAUUUUGAAGUUGGAACAGGCCAGGUUUCUGUGGUUUACAGCUCCCUCGACUUUGAGCCAGAGAUCUUCUUUGCCUUGGGAUCCCCAGUUGGCGUAUUUCUCACCGUGCGAGGAAUGGAUAGGAUAGAUGAGAACUACAGACUCCCAACUUGCAAAGGUUUCUUUAACAUUUACCAUCCGCUUGACCCAGUGGCGUAUAGAUUAGAACCUAUGAUUAUUCCAGAUUUGGACCUAAAACCAGUUCUUAUUCCACAUCACAAAGGCAGAAAAAGACUCCAUCUAGAGUUAAAAGAGAGUCUCUCUCGGAUGGGAUCCGAUUUGAAACAGGGUUUUAUCAGCUCUCUGAAAAGCGCUUGGCAGACACUGAACGAGUUUGCACGGGCUCAUACUUCUUCGGCUCAGCUUCAAGAAGAAUUAGAGAAGGUAGCCAAUCAAAUAAAAGAAGAAGAAGAAAAACAAGUUGUGGAAGAUGAAAAGAUUGGUGACAGUCCGGAAUUUUCCAAGGAUGAGGACUACCUGGGGAAGGUUGGAAUGUUAAACGGAGGCCGCCGCAUUGAUUACGUUCUUCAAGAAAAGCCAAUAGAAAGUUUUAAUGAAUAUCUUUUCGCCCUUCAGAGUCACUUAUGUUAUUGGGAGUCUGAAGAUACGGCCCUGCUGAUUCUGAAGGAAAUUUAUCGCACAAUGAAUGUCAGCCCAGAGCAGCCCCAGCACUGAUGUAGUUACAACUUCCAUUUUAUGUUGGGGAAAAUUGAAGACCCUCCAACACUUAAUGCAGCGACGGAUGGAAGAAAGUAGCUUCGUCGGCAACUUUCCGAUACGGCUUUUUAGUUCCCGCCUUUUCUUUAAAAAAUAAUCCGUAAUAAAAUGUUGGUGGGGGCGGGGUGGGGCUUUCUGGAAAAUGAAAGUGAGAAAACGACAUUUUCAAAGUCUCGAUUUAAUUCUCUCCAAUCAGUUCGGUUGUUCCGUUGACAAAUUGAGAUGAUCGGUGAAGAAAUAUUUUCAGUAAGUAGACUGUUCUAUCCACAUCUAUCACAUGACUGCCGGUGGUUAGGCUUGCAUUUUGAUCAAGGGGAGUAUGUUUUUUCAUUGAGUUAUAAGAACAUCUGCAGAACCCGAAGAAACAUUUUUUAAAAAAAUUCAUUGUUCCAGUGUAAAAUGUGAAUUCCAGUGUUGAGCUGCUUUAGCGCGGUCACUUGUAUUGGUUAAAAAUAACCAAAAUCAUUUAUAUAGUAUUCUAAGGGGACUGAUAUUUGAUAAAUCUUUUCGAGCUUCUGCUGGUAUGGAGCACCAUUUCCGAUGAAGGCAAAACACUUUUUCUAUGCAGGAACCCUUGCCAAGGGCUCUGAGAGCCCACCUCUAACCGUGAAAAUGAAUGGAACAUUGAUGAAGCGGCGAAAAUCAAUUUUCCAUUCUGUCAUCCCACAUUAGCCGUUGGUAUAGUCAGUCCAGGGUAUUGGAAUGUAUGAAACGUUAUCGCUUAUCAGAUCUAAAUAUCGCAUUUCAUGAAAAGGUGGCUCCCUGAUCCUUCUUUUGGCUAUAAGCUCUGAAUUCAAAUGACCGAAUUAUUUUCUUCAUAGAAAACUUCGACGCUGACUUUUUUCUGUUACGCAGUAGAGGCGUUUUAUGUUGUUUACAUAGUGAGUUCUCAUGGAACAUGGUGAAUUAUUUUGAAAUGGAUGUGUGAUACACAUUUUCUGUGUAUGUAUGUGCCGAGGAGCAUGAAUAAAACUUACUGUAACAGCGAUGCAGUUUUGCAGCAAA